GUUACCAUCUUCCUUGUCAAAGGAAAUGUAAUUUUUUUCAAUGUGUCCCUUCUGUUUUUCCCCUUUAGUUGACUAAAACUGUUCUAUAAACUGAUGCUUUGUACACAUUACUGUCUAGAUUGCCAUGAGUGAGGUGACUUGUUUCACAGCAGUGGUAUGAAUUAUAAAAAGAAACAGUAAAUAGCAGCCUAGUCAUGAAUACAAAAAUACUAUAAUUGUAGGCCUGGUUUAGAUAAAAGUGUAGAAAUUAACCCGAAGGCAACAAACAGCAACCACAGGAAGACUGGUUUCCAGCCAUAACCGCACACGCAUCAAAGACCUCGCAAGGUGCAGCAAGAGUGAAGCUGCUUAAAAUGAUAUCCAACCUGUUUCAUGACUCCACCCAUCACAUAUUGACUGACUGACAUCCAUGAGAAGCUGCUUUCAGGCAUGUCAAAAGCUACAGACUCACACUUGCACAACCAGACAUGAGAGCAAUGAUUUGAUGCAUCUUGAAAGAUGUCUGCAUGUUACCUUGACAAUAAUCACUGAUCCACAAGACCACAACAAAUAACACAAUAAAAUUCGGGGUGUAGUCACCUAUAUACAAAUACACACUUUGUGUCACACUUGCCAGUGAAUUGACACUUUGACAUCAACCGAAAAUCAUAGUGGUCCAGGUUUAUCCCUCCAUGGCCAUCAUGGACCAUAAAGUUGCUGGCUACGAUCACCAACGCUGUGGUCACUGUAACGGAGCAAGAAUCAUCCACACGUUUGGAGGAACCUUCAGGUGACCACAUUGUCCUGAAACAGAGUGUUCAUAGAGAGCAGCAUCCACAGUGGAACACAGCCACAAUAUGUGGCAGCUCGUUUCAGGGCCACAAGACGACUGUGCUCUCAAUGUUUCACCCUGGCUUUACUCCAGUGCAUAAUCCCAACAGAAGGAAAAAAGAAACAUCCUCCAACAAGAGUGCAGAAAUACUGCCAGACAUUAACAUGUUAACUUUUAUCUCAGCUUGAGUGCCUUCCUGUAUUCAGUCAAACAUUCUGAAGAAUUCAAUGUCUCUGACGACUUUGAGCUAUAUGAUCAGGUAAAGGUGUUGUGCUAUGCAUUAUGUCUUAUCUUAUUAUGUCUUGUUGAUUGUACUGAAUGACUUUGGUGUGAAGAUUACUACCAAAUAAUGUUUGGUGGAAAAUAGAUUUGUGUGAUACUCACGCCAUCUAAAAUAUGUAUCACCACCUAUUUUCCUGAAGACAUGAAUGUAGUCAGUCAGAGCAACCAGCCCACCUCUUUACAUAGGGAGCAGCCUUCCUGCUGCACACUCUAAUUACGAACAUUCAGCCAGACACACCAUGAUGAGCUUCACUUUAGUCGCCUCCAUUCUAUACAGCCUCAGCUGGAUCUCUGUCUCGCUUUCUGAGUAUCAGACUGUGGAGGCUCAGCCUGGUGAAGAUGUCACACUGAGGAUUACGAAUAUGACCAAAUAUGAAACUUCGAUAUUCUGGUUCAAGCUGGUCAAUAGAACCAACGCCAGCUGUAUCUCCGCCAUGUUUAAAACGACAGUUGAAUUCUGUGAUGGAUAUGACAGCAGAAAAUUUGAAAUGAGCUCCAACAUCUCCACUGUCUCUCUCAAAAUCAAACAAGUGGAUUCAUCUGACUCUGGACUGUAUUUAUGUGGAUUUUUCAAUUCUGGAAAAUCACUUUUCAGUGUGAUACGCUUAAAUGUAAAAGGUAGUGAUGAGCCACAUGAUGACGUGAUCAGCAAGUGUACAAUUGAGUCUAAAGGAGUUGCAAAGAUGACGAGUGCGAUCCUGGGUGGUCUGACUGUUUGCCUUCUAAUGGUCAUUAUCGUUCUCGUUGUUCAAAACAGGAAACUGCAGACAGCUGAUAAAGAAGAUCACAAUCCACAGCAAAGUGAGAACGUGAGCUGUGAUGAGCUGAACUACGCAGCAGUGACAUUUCAACCAAAAGCAAAAAGGAGAGCGCCUGAGCCAAAUGUUGUUUAUGCUGCCACCAGAUAGACUCAGGAGGCAACUGGAAAUGAUGCUGUGUCAUGUUAAUAUGCUUUGAUUGUGACAGCAAGAACCACUGAUACCAACACAUUUCAUUUUGCAAUA